GGGGACCGGACGGGACCGGGGCGCCAUGGAGUCCUACGACAUCAUCGCCAACCAGCCCGUCGUCAUUGACAACGGCUCCGGGGUGAUCAAGGCUGGCUUCGCCGGGGACCAGAUCCCCAAAUACUGCUUCCCUAACUUCGUCGGCCGCCCAAAGCACGUGCGGGUGAUGGCCGGAGCGCUGGAAGGAGAUCUUUUCAUCGGGCCGAAGGCUGAGGAGCACCGGGGGCUGCUGGCUCUGCGUCACCCCAUGGAGCACGGCGUGGUGCGUGACUGGAACGACAUGGAGCGUGUCUGGCAGUACGUCUACUCCAAGGACCAGCUGCAGACCUUCUCGGAGGAGCACCCCGUGCUCCUGACGGAGGCCCCGCUGAACCCCAGCAAGAACCGAGAAAAGGCGGCGGAGGUGUUCUUUGAGACUUUCAACGUGCCGGCCCUCUUCAUUUCCAUGCAGGCCGUGCUCAGCCUGUAUGCCACGGGCCGCACGACGGGAGUGGUCUUGGACUCGGGGGAUGGGGUGACCCACGCGGUGCCCAUCUACGAGGGCUUUGCCAUGCCCCACUCCAUCAUGCGGGUGGACAUCGCCGGCCGCGACGUCUCCCGCUACCUGCGGCUCCUGCUGCGGAAGGAAGGGGCCGACUUCCACACCUCGGCCGAGUUUGAGGUCGUCCGGACCAUCAAGGAGAGAGCCUGCUACCUGUCCCUCAACCCUCAGAAGGACGAAGCCCUGGAGACGGAGAAAGCACAGUAUACCUUGCCCGAUGGCAGCACCCUCGACGUUGGGCCGGCGAGGUUCCGGGCACCGGAGUUGCUGUUCCAGCCGGACCUGGUCGGGGAGGAGAGCGAGGGGCUGCACGAGGUGCUCGUCUUCGCCAUCCACAAGUCCGACAUGGACCUGCGCCGCACGCUGUUUGCCAACAUCGUCCUCUCGGGUGGCUCGACGCUCUUCAAAGGCUUUGGGGAUCGGUUACUGAGUGAAGUGAAGAAACUGUCUCCGAAGGAUGUCAAAAUUAAGAUCUCGGCCCCUCAGGAACGACUGUACUCCACGUGGAUCGGAGGCUCCAUUCUGGCCUCCCUGGACACCUUUAAGAAGAUGUGGGUGUCUAAGAAGGAGUAUGAGGAGGAUGGGGCCAGGGCCAUCCAUCGCAAGACCUUCUAGAGCCCCCAGGAGGAAGGCCGGAAGGGGAAGGGACAACGCCACUUUGCCCUUUCCAGUCCAGGCCGGUGCCCUCAGCUGUGCCCUAUGCAUGCCUUGGGCACCCCCACCCCCAGCCGGGCCAGUGGGCUCAGCGAGCUGCAGCAGAGGAAGGGGGAGGCCCUGGAUUUGUAGGUUCCAGGAUUCUCUCCCCGCUUUGAGGGAGGGGGCCACCUCGCAGGCCCUCCCCCCAGCACCCUAGUAGGAUGGGGUCUGAAAGAUAGGACCGGCCUCGGGGCCAGGCAGGGGCUGGGGCCGAAAUGCUACUGACAGUUAAGGUUGACCACUCCCUGUGAGCAGCCUUCCCCCCCUUGCUACCAGGGUCAGGAGGAGGACCACCCUGCUUUCCCACUCCAGGGAGUGGGGGGCAGGGACAGGCCCCACCCCGAAGACAUUAAGGUGUGUGGAGGGGCUGGGCCCCCACUGCAUUUCAUCCUUCCCCCAGCGCCCUUAACGUCUCCCGUCCGUCCGUCCGUCCAUCCGUCCUGCCGGGCGGCAGGAACCCGGAGGGGCGGUAUUCCGGCUGGUCCCCGGAAGCGGUACAAUCAGGAAGCAGAGUUGGGGCUGGUGGGGGGCGUGCCCACCUCCCAGCACUGCCUGGCCCUACCCCCGCUAUGCCCACCCAGCCCUGUACAAUAAUUUAACACAGUUGCCUGUAUUUCUUUUUGUAAAUUAAUUAUAGUCAUAAUUAUGGACAAGG